AUUUAUAACAGACUACACCUUUAUUUUGAAAUGUAACCAACAAGGAAGUAAGUUCGCGUUUCAAGAAAACAAGUGAAGCGACACAUGCUCCUAACUUCCUACUUGCAGUGUGUAUGACAGCUUAGCACUGGGAUGUCAUGGGUGUUCAGGGGUUGACUACAUAUGUGGAGUCCAACAGAAACUUCCUUCAGGAUGUGAAGUUCAGGGAUAGUCGUCUGGUUAUUGACGGCUGCAGUCUAUAUUUCCGCCUGUAUUUCAGCUACGGAUUUGAUCAGCAGCAUGGGGGGGACUACGAUGCGUUCGCCUGCUUUCUCAACGAAUUCCUAUCUGCUUUGGAAACUUGUAACAUCGAGCCCUAUGUGUUGCUGGAUGGGGGGGUGGACCCAAGUGACAAGAAGUUCGCUACUCUGCGUCAGCGUCUGCAGUCCAAGAUAAAGGAGGCAGACAGCAUCUGUCAUGGUCGCAAUGGCUCUGUUCUCCCAAUCCUCGUAAGGAAAGUCUUCAUUCAGGUCCUAAAUCAAAGAGGAAUCCCGCUGGUACAGUGUCCAGCAGAGGCAGACUGGGAGAUUGCCUGCUUGGCGCGGCAGUGGAACUGUCCAGUGCUGACAAAUGACAGCGACUUUUACAUAUUUGACCUUCCAGCUGGUUAUCUGCCACUUCAUUUUUUCCAGUGGACCAAUCUUAACGGAAAAGCUUCUCAGCGCUACAUCCCAUCCCGAUGUUACACCACUAACAAUCUGUGCCGCUGGUUUGGGGGCAUGAAUCGCGAGUUGCUGCCUUUAUGUGCAGUCCUAACUGGUAAUGACUAUGGUGCUCCAAAAGAGACUGAGACCCUCCUUGCUCUCAUAGACGUGAGUGCAUUAGGAAGAGGCGGUGGCCGAGGCAGGGGGAAGGCACCUGCUUCUCGUGUUGAGGGCAUCCUUAUCUGGCUGUCAUCGUUUCCAAAUGUGACGGAGGCACUGAAGGAGGUUAGCAGGUUAAUGGAUGGAGCGGCUGGGGCAGGCGGGAGAGGACAGGGAGGUGGGCUCAGCUCCCAGCUGUUGGCUGCUAUGCAAGAGUACAACAUCAAGACUCAAAGCUCUCUUGCUCCAUGGUUCUCUGAAGGUACAUUAGCUCAGAGGGGGAAGACAUCUGGUCUGGCACAGCUGCCAGAGUGCUUGUCUCUGGCUGCAGCACGGGGACAGCUGUCUCCUAUGGUGCUUGAUGCUUUUGUCAUGCAGAGGGUCCUUCUCAUCCCGCAGGUGGAAAAUAACAGACUAGCCAGCAGCCACUGUAGUUCUAGACCAAUACGUCAGGCUGUGUAUGGGAUUUUACUGCAAAAAGCUGCAAGCCCAGUUAGUGGCGCAAAACUAGCAAAGGCAGGACAAGUCCAAAUGCAGGGAACAAGAAGUGACAGAGGAAGAGGAAGAGGUGGUGGAGGCAGGGGCCAGCAGGGGUCAGAACACCUGUUCAAUGCAGCUCCAGUACAAACACAAUCACAUGGCUCUGGUUCUCCAAUUUUCGUGGAAGAGUAUGACCGUUUGGACCUAAACCUAAGCAAAAAGCAAGUGGAACCAGUCAUCCUUUGGAACCAUAUACAUCUGGAUGGGCUCAGUCAGGCUCCUGCUGCAGUGCGCCUUGGUGUCCUGUUGGAAGUCUUAGGUGUGACGCAGUCGGCCCUGGCUCCAGUUCCUCUCCAUCUGCAGCUUGCUGUUGCAGUGACUGGAUUCUGGUUGCGUGAGGCCACACCAGCACCUUCAAAGCCCCUGCUGCAGGCUUUAGUGAUAGGCAUGAUUUACGGAGAGUUGACAUUGAACAAUCAGCCUGGAGCGCCACGCAAGAUACCCGUUGCCCCACAGCUAAACUGGGCCGCCGAGCGAGGUUUUCUGUCAGCACUAGAUCGUCAGCGGGUGAGACCUGGUGAAAGACGAGGAGUGGACGUCGGGGCGGCCCACUGCCUCAGCCAAUGGCAGUCCUGCCUCUGGAGUGCCCUGUGCCUGAAUCAGCUGCUGCUGGUGCCGCUGCCCGAGCCCAACGUGACAUUGUUGUUCAGCGGUACCUUGGUACACGGCCUCUUCAGGUACCUGAAAGGAGGCUGGCCUGUGGAGUCGUUACUGCCUGGUGGAUCUUUAUCUGGACAGCUCUGUUUCUGCCUGCUGGAUGCUGUGAAGCACUGCAGCCUCAAGGCAAACCCCUCCAGCUUCGGAUCAGGCAAGAAGAAGAGAGGUAGAGGCAGAGGGAAGAGAGGGAGAGGCGGAAGAGGACAAUCUCAGGGUAGAGGGAGGGUUUCAGAGGAGAUAAAUAACAGGUUUGCUCUCCUUAUGAGUGAGGAAGAAGAGGAGGAUGAUUGGUAGAGAGGCAGUGAGAAAUGCACAGAUCUAGAACGCUAUGAUCCAAGGUUAUUCUUUGGAGGAGAAUAAUAUUUUUAAUCUUUACUAUCAUGCUUCGCACUAUUUUAACCUCUUCCAGUGGUAUGCAGGUGCUUGUAAUUUAAGUUUGAAGCAGCCAUCUAAAAUGUGGUGUGUAAACUUCUCUGAUCAGCUGUUUCAAAUCAUAUGCAUCAUUUUACAAGCAUUUUUUAAUAAAUAGACUAAUUAUAUUUACCCAGUCAUGUUUACUUAAGGACUAAACACUGAAUGUAAAAGAAUAGUGUUUUUAUUACAAAGGUAAUAAAAGCGAUGCCAAUAGGUAUGAACUAGAAAUGGGCCAAUCAGGCUUUGUCUGGCCGAUGAGGAUUUUGAGUUUUAUUUGAGGACUAAGCUGGUGAUUUGGGUUAUUUAUUCAAAGAACGCCUAAGAAGAGAAAAAUGUGCUCCAUGUUCUUCAGCAGACACAGUUGUUCUGAAUCCAAAAAUAGAAAAUACUAGCAUUCAAGAUUUUCUCAAUUUUUGCGUCAAAACCACUGAUUUUUACUCAACUAGACUGAAGCGUGUACGAGGCAUUUAGAAACAAAAAAUUUUGGAAGUUAUGGGAAUUGUCAAACAGAGCUGACGAGUGGAUAACGAGGAAAUUUUAAUUGUGCAUUUCUUGGAUUGAAAAAAAUAUUCUACGGCUAAACAAAAAAAAAUGUUAUUUUUCUACUGAUUUAUGAACUUUAAUUUCUUUAGACCAAAUGCAGUGCUGUAAAAUGUGACAAACUACCAAACAGUUUUGGCAAUGAUGGGAGUCCUGAAUUGUUUUUUUUGUUUUUUUACAUGUUAUUGGUCAAAAUUUAGAGAGAAAAAAAACUUCCGUUAAAAUAAAAGUAAAUUUUUUGUGUUCUAACUCUUGAAAAUAUCAACAAGCAAGCAGUGUUAAGUGGCAGCUAAAGGGAACGACUCCUGAUCAAUUUUCCGUUUUAAACCCAUUGACUUGUAUAAAAUGCUCAAAUCUCAAACAGGAUUUUACAUUUUUCAGAAAUUUUACAACAUGGUCCUAUUAUGAUUUUACCGUGUUUCUGGUGCUCCUACUUUGGGAGUCAUUUAUUAUGAAAUAUGGCAAAUAAAAAUAAGUAUUACUGACCUGCUGUAGGCAGAGCAGAUUAUAGUGAAUUACUUUAAAAUCAUCAGCGGUCACAGUGGGUAUGAUUUGACGCACGACUGGUAUGAAAGCUGCAAAAGUUUUAAAAAAAUGGCAAAGGGGCAAGAUGACCACCACUAUUAUGACUUCUACGAUUUAUGAAUACGCAAUAAUUUUUUACAUAUUUUUUAUGACAUUAUUUCUUCAACAUCAAUUUAUGUGGUCCUGUCUACAAUUAUGUAUUAAAAAUGUAUAUGAGAGCAGUACAGAAUUUACAUUCCUAUUUUUAUUCCCACUGUUUUACUUGUAACUACAGCUGAAAAUAAAAUGUUUACACAUUUUCUU